GCCAGUUUUUAUUUGUCUAUUUCCAGUGAACCUGUGUGGGUCGGUGAGACGCCAUCAGAGUACUGCCCCGCAAUUUUACGUUGUCACGCUGAGACAUCUGGGAAACCGAGUUCUCCUUCUUAGUAUUUCCAGCCCCUCAUUCUCGUCUCCUGGUACAGCUAACAAGAUGCCGGCCGUACAUCACAAACUGCUCCUUGAGGACGCCUUGCAAGACAGUCCUCAGACCCGCUCCUUGCUGAGUGUGUUUGAGGAAGAUGCAGGGAAUCUGACGGAGUACACCAACCAGCUGCUGCAGGCCAUGCAGAGGGUGUUUGGAGCGCAGAGUGAAAUGGGACUGGCCACAGAGCAGCUUUCAAAGCAGCUUCUCGACUAUGAAAAGAAAAAUUUUGCCCUCGGGAAAGGUGACGAAGAGGUCAUAACUACACUACAGAGCUUUGCAAAAACCGUUGGAGAGCUAAACUCGCUCCACUCCGAGCUGGCCAACCAGAUGGCUGACAGCAUGGUGUUCCCCCUGAUCCAGUUCAGAGAGAAAGACCUCACAGAGAUAAGCACUCUGAAGGAAAUAUUCGGUAUUGCCACUGACGAGCAUGAGGCGGCUAUGGUCAAGUACAGCCGACUGCCCAAGAAGAAGGAGAACGAAAAGCUGAAGACAGACAUGGUGAAGGAGGUGGCCUACACCAGGAGGAAGCAGCACCAGGCCUCGCUGCAGUACUACUGCGCCCUCAACGCCCUGCAGUACCGCAAGAGAGUCGCAAUGCUUGAGCCCAUGCUGGGGUACACUCAGGCGCAGAUCAGCUUUUUCAAGAAGGGCCUUGAGCUUGUGUCAAAGAAGAUGGAAAGCUUUCUCUCCUCAGUGUCCAACAUGGCCCAAAAUAUCCAGAAGCAGCUGGACGCUGAGGCUGAGACCAUGCGCAUGGCGCAGAAGGAGUUUCUGUCUGUGGAAGACACCGUGUAUAUGCCAGAUAAGGAAACUGAAACCGUCAAUCGCACUCUUAUCCAGAAGGCUGGCUACCUCAACAUUAGGAAUAAAACAGGCCUGGUGACCACAGCCUGGGAUCGACUCUUCUUCUUCACCCAGGGUGGAAACCUCAUGUGCCAGCCUCGAGGGGCCGUGGCGGGGGGCAUGGUGCUGGACCUGGACAACAGCUCCGUCAUGGCGGUGGAGUGCGAGGACAGACGUUACUGCUUCCAGAUAACCUCCCCUUCAGGAAAGACGUCGAUGAUUCUACAAGCUGAGAGCAAAAAGGAGUACGAGGAGUGGAUUUGCACUGUGAACAACAUCUCCAGGCAGAUCUACCUGACGGAUAACCCAGAGGCCGUCGCUAUCAGAUUGAACCAAACCGCCAUACAGGCAGUCACUCCGAUCACCAGCUUUGAGAAGAGACAAGAAGGUUCACCCAACCCCGACAGAGCCAAGCCGGGAGGUGCUCAACCUGCUGGAAGCGAUUCCCAGAAAACAGGGGCCGCUCCAGAACCAGAGGACCUGAUCGCUCCUGGGACGCCCAUUCAGUUCGACAUCAUGCUGCCGGCGUCUGAGUUCCAGGACCAGAACAGAGCCGGGGGGAGGCGGACGAACCCUUUUGGGGAAACAGAAGAGUGUUCAGCAGAGAGUGAUGACUCCCUCCUGCAGCAGGUGUUCGCCGUGCGCUUCCUGGGCUCCAUGGCCGUUCGGUGCGGAAACAACCAGGAGGUGAUCUACGAGGCCAUGAGGCAGGUGCUGGCGGCCCGCGCCAUCCACAACAUCUUCAGGACCACCGAGGCCCACCUCAUGGUCACCAGCAGCAGCCUCCGGUUGAUUGACCCACAAACUCAAGUAACAAGAAUAAGCUUCCAGCUAGAAGAGGUGUGCCAGUUCGCAGCCCAUCAGGAGAACGGGAGGCUGAUGGGGUUUGUGGUCGAGGGGAGAGACUGGAGCGACGGGAACGAGGAGGGAGAGCCGUCGUUCAGCGCCUUUGUCUUUGAGAGCAACACGGAGGGCGAAAAGAUAUGUUACACCAUAAACUUGGCAAAGGAGAUUACAGAAGCAAAGAAGGAUCCAGAGGCCCUGGCCGAGCUGAUGAAGAACAUGCCUCUGACCAACGACGGCAAGUUCCUUCUUCUGGAACCCGAGACGGGCGACUCGAACAGCGGAGAGAACCAAGAAGACCUGGAGUCUGAGGCCUAGUCGUCAUUAGAACAUUCCUUUUUCUCCAGAAAACAAACAAAACAAAAACCAGGCUUCAUUACGACCUCCCCGCCCCUAACUCUAGUACUGUAACACCAUCCCAAGAGCGCAGGGUUCAUUCCCAGCCUGUGCAGCCACAUCUCCAGAUUAAGACAUGGAGACAUGGCGUUUGACCAGAAACAAAAGUCAAAUCCAUCUCUUUGGUGUUCAGUAUCAUCUGUUCCAUGCUUACAUUAGUAUGGAUCUUUGAAGUUCUUAAUUUCCUUGUGCACUAUUUUAAACAGCAUGCACGUCCUAAGGUCCUGCGCCUUGAUUGGUCCUGGUGGUGAUUUAUUCACUUCAGCUUAGGUUUACAUUUGUUUCAGCUUCUCAUAGUGUGAGGGUGUUUGUGUAUGGAAAGACUUGUAAACCUGCAAGUAAUUAAUCUCUUUUGGCAUUUUUUUUCUUUCCUGAACGAAAAAAUAUUGCACUUUUAAGGUUAAGCACCAAUUCAUACAGCAAAAGAAGCUAAAUGCGUGGAAAAAAAAGAAAGUUUAGACAAUGUUGGUUGCUUUUGCUCGCAGUGACUAUAGCGGUUUAUUAUAAUCAGCCAUAAAAUAUGGGGCAGGAGAGAAAAUGUUUUGCUCUCUCUCCACAAACUUGAACGCAUCUUAAGCAUUCCUGGUGAGCUAUAUUAACGUCAUGCUCGAAGUAGUUUCCAUCUACCUGCAUAAAAACAAAUCUGAGGAUAAUCUGUCUGCAACAUCCUCAUUGAGAACCCCCUCCCAAAAAAAAAAAAAAACAACAACUCUACGCUCCAUUCCUCUGAGUCGUGUGUAAAUAUGAUUUGUCAGAGUGUCUAUUUGCCAUUUGAUCUGCGUGUGUGUGCAGGGACUGUUGCGGUUCAUGAAUAAAUGACACCGUCUCCACUUGUAGAAGAUUAAAGCCUCUGUUCUGAGUACCGAACAGUAAUACAAGAGGAAACUCCACUCAAAGUUUCUCCAUUAAUGCAUGAAAGAAGACCCAGAAACGGCCGCUUCGCAUGUUUCAAAGCACAAGAGCUGAAAGCGUAGUUAUCUGUGGGAAUGUUGGACAUUUUUUGCCGUUUGAUCUUAUUUCAGCAGAUAAACUGUAAACGAUGGAGACUUUAUACAGAUAAGAACAGAACCUGACCUUGAAUGUUACAUUAAAUGGUUUUGUUUAGCUUAUGUUACCAACGAUGUAAGAGGAUUAGAGGCACUAUUUGAUUUAGGACUGGUUUUCCUACUAUACCAGUUAGCGUAAAAGUGAAAGGUUAGCAUACACUCACUUCACGGAUGAAUUUAACAAGUUUUGGCCUUAAGUGAUGCAUUUGAGCUGUUCUUUUUCAUCAGUUCAUUUUAAAACUAGAACCAUUCAGGCCUUUUUUUGUCCAGCCUAAUCAUAAAACCUUAAUUCAAAUAUAUAUUUACCUUGUUGAUGUGGGAAGCGGCAUAUACCUGGACCAGGUGCUUUUUCUCCUCCCAAAAUAAAGAUUAUCAAAUACAAGUAUCCAAAAGGGUUAAUAUUUCAUCCUCCAUGUAUAGUUUUAACCCUUUGGGGUAUAAAGAAAUUGAAGACACAGUCUUGUUUGUCAAAUAAAAUUUGUAAAUCCUUCAACCCUGAGAUGAAGAACCACCCAAAUGCGUCCUUAAAGGUUCCAAAUUAACCAGACAUUCAUGUCCAGUGUGAGCGUACAUGAUCUUUUCCACCGGAGCUAUACAUAGUUAAGACAAAGUUCAUUUUGGAAAAUGUGCAUAUCAGCUUUCUCAAGGCCUAUUGAAGUUUAGCUCUUAUCAGGUGAUGCACAGACAAAUGCAAGGCAAGGAGAAAUUAAAGCGAAUCAGCCAACAGGGAUUGCAAAAAAACAAAAAUUCUGACUUUGAGGAAUGUAGAUGUUGGUGAAGUUGGGGGAAAUUUAUUUAGUUACAUGUACGACUGCAAAAAAAAAAAAAGUAGGAGGUAAUACCUGAUCUGGUACUAGUUUGUGUAAAUGAAUUCACAAUAUCAGUGGAAGGUGAAAAGGUAGAGAAAAUUGACAUCUACAGAUGAAACUCUAUGAAGACGCCUCCUUUAAGAAUGGCCUGCUUCUCAAGACUCCAGAAACCACAAGCCACUAACUGAACCUUCUCAAAUAUCAGGCGCUCCCUUUUUCUGUUGCCGGAUCUUCAUUUGCAGUGUCUGAUGUUGUAAAGCAAACUUUCGCUCCUCCAGAGUCCCGAGUAAUGCAAACUAAUGUGAUUACCGUUUCCCAUCAAGAGGGGUUUUUUUUUUUUGUGUGUGUAUAAAGACAAAGCUACUGUUUGUGUUUUCUCUUUAGCAAAUUACUGGCUUGAAGAAAUUAGUUUAAACUUUUAAUAUUCCAUCCGGAAACUAAAACUUUCCUUCUGUAUGCGACCUGCUGCAGAGCUACAGCCUUGAUAUAUUUUUUUGCUUUGCAAGUCAUUUAUCCUUAGAAAAAUUCUUGGUACUCACAGUGAAGGAGGUACAUUACCAUAAUAUUAGCAGGAACGUGUUUCUUCACUCUGUCUUUUUUAUAAACGGCUACAUUUAUUACCUGAAAUGCUUUGCACUUAAUUAAACCCGGUUUUCUAAAACCAUUAAUGUUAACAUUCAGACUUUAAUAAAUAUGUAAUUUCUUAACAGA